AUGGAUCCAGUUUAUAUUUCUAGAAGACGAAAUCAACAAUAUCAUCGUCGUCGUCGUCGUCAUCAUCUUCUGGUAGAACAACGAAAACGACAAUAUCAUCAUCAGCAGCGAUACCAACAUACUAUCGGUGUUCCUACUUUGAUUAGUUGUCUUACAGUGACUAUUAAGUCUGAUAAGUAUAUUAUAUUUUCAAUCGAUUCACAUCAUUAUAUCUGCCGUAUACCCAGUCUAUCGACAGUAAAUAUUAGUUCGUCCGGUGUGUUCGAUACUUCUCCACCAGCUCAUCGUCUUUCGACUACUCGUUUUAUAGAUGACAAACAACAACCUGAUCAUCCCGAUUAUACUCAAUUUGAUAUUAACAAUAUUUAA